CUUGUACUCGUUCCACCAUUCGUAUCCGUUCGUGUCACGUCAGUGCUGGGGAAAAAGGACUUGUAAUUGCAGCGAUGUCAGUUCAGGUUGUGGCAGCGAAAAUGGCCGAGGUCGAAUUAAAAGACGUCCCAAGCAAAGACUUGUCUCCUAUCUCCCCCGUCGCCUCUAAGUCGGACGAGAAAGAGGGCACCAAAACCGAGUCUGCUGCGACUGGGUCCUCGGCUACGUCUCCAACGGCGGAGCCCACUGUGAGGGCAGACCCGAGCCCGAACCCUACGAAGAUGCCGCAGGCUUCAGCUAUGAAGCGUACUGACCAGCAACAAAACGGUGGCGAGGCUUUUGUGAACCAAGACGGUACUGUUGCUGAAGCCCCGAGGAUGAAAAAGAUCCAGUUUGCUGACCAGAAGCAGGAGUUUAACAAACGUCCAUCAAAGAUCGGCCGCCGCUCUCUGUCUCGCUCCAUCUCCCAGUCAUCUACAGACAGCUAUAGCUCAGCUGCGUCCUACACGGACAGCUCAGACGAUGAGACGUCUCCGCGGGACAAGCAGCAGAAGAACUCCAAGGGCAGCGGAGACUUCUGCAUCAAGAACAUCAAGCAGGCUGACUUCGGGCGCAGGGAGAUCGAGAUCGCCGAGCAAGAGAUGCCAGCUCUCAUGGCCCUGAGGAAACGUGCUCAAGGAGAAAAGCCUCUAGCUGGAGCCAAGAUAGUGGGAUGCACACACAUCACCGCUCAGACUGCUGUCCUGAUGGAGACGCUGUCUGCUCUGGGUGCUCAGUGCCGCUGGGCUGCCUGUAAUAUCUACUCCACUCAGAACGAAGUGGCAGCAGCACUCGCCGAGGGAGGUUUCUCUGUGUUUGCUUGGAAGGGGGAAUCAGAGGAUGACUUCUGGUGGUGUAUCGACCGCUGUGUGAACCUGGAAGGCUGGCAACCCAACAUGAUUCUGGAUGACGGCGGAGACCUGACCCACUGGAUCUACAAGAAGUACCCCAACAUGUUCAAGAAGAUCAAAGGCAUCGUGGAGGAGAGCGUCACAGGGGUGCACAGACUGUACCAGUUGUCCAAGGCGGGGAAGCUGUGUGUUCCUGCCAUGAAUGUAAACGACUCAGUGACCAAACAGAAGUUUGACAACCUCUACUGCUGCCGAGAGUCCAUCCUGGAUGGGUUGAAGAGGACCACUGAUGUCAUGUUUGGAGGAAAGCAGGUGGUGGUGUGUGGAUAUGGAGAGGUGGGGAAAGGCUGUUGUGCGGCGCUGAAGGCCAUGGGCUCCAUCGUCUAUGUGACGGAAAUCGACCCGAUCUGCGCCCUGCAGGCCUGCAUGGAUGGAUUCCGAUUGGUCAAACUCAGCGAAGUCAUCCGGCAAGUGGACAUUGUCAUAACUUGCACAGGUAAUAAGAAUGUGGUGGUGAGGGACUAUCUGGACCGCAUGAAGAACGGCUGCAUUGUGUGUAACAUGGGUCACUCCAACACCGAGAUCGACGUGGCGAGCCUUCGGACUCCUGAGCUGACUUGGGAGCGUGUGAGGUCACAGGUUGAUCAUGUGAUCUGGCCUGAUGGCAAGAGGAUAGUGCUGCUGGCAGAGGGUCGCCUCCUGAACCUCAGCUGCUCCACAGUGCCCACCUUUGUUUUGUCCAUCACUGCCACAACCCAGGCUCUGGCUCUGAUUGAGCUCUACAACGCUCCUGAGGGACGAUACAAGCAGGACGUUUACCUGCUGCCCAAGAAGAUGGAUGAGUAUGUUGCCAGUCUCCACCUGCCAACAUUUGACGCCCACUUGACUGAGCUGACCGACGAACAGGCCAAAUAUCUGGGCCUCAACAAGAAUGGCCCCUUUAAGCCCAACUACUACAGGUAUUAGACGAGUGGAGGAGGAGGAGUGCGUCGGGAUGAAGAAGCGGAGAGGAGCUGAGGGGGGGGGGGAGCAAGGGGGUGCCAUGUUGGUUCGGGAGAGGAACCUUCUAGAACCUUCUAGAACCUUCUAUUUAUUAAAUCUACAAACUCCAACUCUGCUGCCCCACUCGUUUCCAUGGAGAUUUUACCCAUGAUCCUCUUAGCCCCAUGUGUCUGUUGUGUCUCCUUCUAGCACUCAUGGUGGGGUGUAUCCUUAACGUGACAAAACACACACACACACACACACACACACACUCACACUCACACACACAGCGAUCAAGGUGGAGUGUAUCCUUAACGUGACAAAACACACAUACAGACACACACACACACAGACUCACACUCUCACACACAUAUUUAUAUAUACGCGCACACACACACACACACACACACACACACACACACACACACACACUCCCAUACACUCGCGCGCACACACACACACACACUAAUUGAUAUGACAACACAAUGUUUUUAUUUUCCUCAGUUGGACGCACUCUCACUCACACACACACACUAAUUACCAUGACAACCCAAUGUUUUUAUUUGACUCUGUGGGAUUUUUGUUUGUGAUUAUUUUGUUCUUUUUACUGAAUUGUUGUGUUGGCAACGAAAUAUAGCCUGGGGCCAAUCAGCCAAUCAUAUCGCUCGCUCGUCAUCACAUGAUUUAAAUCAUUCAGUGUUUGUUUUUAUGAUUGUUGUUACGUGGGGGGGGGGUGGGGGGGUCUGUUGUUGCCGGGUUACCUGUCGUAGAGGAGGAGGAGUUUCAGCUUACUGCUGAUUGGACCAUCACUCCUCUCACUGCCUGCAUCACCUGUCACUCAAACUGGACGCUGAUCUCAGAGUGAGCACUUGUGCAUUAGCUCUUAGGUGUUGGCUUUAAGGUACAUUUCCCAUGAUGCAUUUGGUUUGUGUGGUUUAGUUUCCCAUGAUGCAUUUGGUUUGUGUGGUUAGUCCCCCCCCCCACCUCCGUAACAGUAGAGUGUUGUCCAGACCCUGCCCCCGCGGGAGCUAUUUACAUAUUUAUAUAGAGAUGAUGAUUUUUCUAUCGUUUCCUUCUUCAUGCAAAUGUGUUGUUUUCCAGAGAAAUCACCUGUCCUAUGAGAAGCAAUGAGAUGAGAUGUUUUAUGAUGCUAAAUGUCCAAUUAAAAUCCUGAAACCUG